AACAAUUUCGUUCUGAAAACGAUCGUUAGUUAAACAUUGCGUCAUUGUCGCAGCGGGGACCACUCUAUGGAGAUCUCGAGUUGAGCUUGACAUUACACUCUUCACACCGUCGGUAGUGGGCACUGUCAACGACCACGUCGAUUCAGAUCAGAGGUUAGAUUCAUAGAACAUGAAAUCAAGGAAACUUGAGCGUCGAAACCAAAACAAAUUGCGAGACAACUUGCCGGAUGCAAUGGCGCACCGAAUCCUCGAGCUUCCGGACACCAGAAUCUCCCAAAAGUUUCCAGAGGACGCUCGAGGGGCGAGUCGAAAGCGCGUAGUAUUCAAUGCUCUGGACUGAUUCCCUUAGCGAGAACAUGAGAAUGAUUUGUUGAAUAUUUCUCACUUGGACCAGACACCAUGUGCUUCGUUGCUUCGCAGAAUUAUUAUUUUUUUGUCUUGCUGCAAAUAAUUUCAAACAAUGUCUUAUGCUUUGUCAAGUGGGUACGAUGAAGAGCUGACGAGUUGGAUUUUAGGUGAAGUCAAGGCCUGGCAUUGUAGUUGUCUUUGAGUUUGGAAAGGUCAGAGUUCGGAAAGGCAAUUUGCGACUGCAACCCAGUCGUUUCACCAAGCAACGACGACAUCCUUGCGCAUGCAGUGGCGCUCUGAGGCACUUUUUGUGAUUCAGCCAGAAAUUUUCUCUAGUCUGUUGCAGACUUGAGCGUUCGGUGCUUUAUAUCCCUUUGUACUGUGGUGAAGGUAGUGAUCUAACAAUGAGUUCUUCGAGCUUGAGGCAUUGGGUUUGUUUCUUGGACCAACACCAGCAGCACUUAAUUCUCUUGUAUCAAGGCUUAUGGACGCUUCCAAGUCUACUGUGAGAAUGAGCAAUUUUCUUGAGAAUUACAGUAGAGCAGUUCCGGUGAAGAUCAAUUGUGGGGAUGAAUGCCUAGUGUAAGAAUGUCACUAGAAGGGGAUGAAUGAUCACCGCCUUCGGAAACGGUCAUCUGAUCUCAAGAGCACAACAAAUGAUGGAAAUCUGGCUUCUCGGGCAUCAAGUGAUCUUCAUCUCGCAUUCUGUGAGAUUGUUUUCUAACACUCCUGCUCUGCUCGUAUUCUCGACUACCAUCGCCUCUCGUUUUCGUCUCGUUCCUCAUUUGCUCCUGAGUUUCUCAUCCUCUAGUGCAGGAUUUGCUUGCGUAUGUCAGUGACGUAAUUGCCUUGCCAUGCCCUUUGGUGAAUUCUUCCUCCUGGACGAUUGGGGUAACGUGUCAAUGUAGAUUAGUGAUCUUGCCUCAUACAUUACGAAUCCGCUUGGAAUUCUCUUUUUGCUCUGAUCAGGGUUCCUUGAGAAUCAAUCCCUAGCUCUGAAAAACAUCUGAGUCUCCGCAAUUGGAGAAUUUGGUCUGCCAGAGGUUGAUAUCUGCUCUUUCUCCUCCGUCUCUUUGGGAAGCACUCAGAAGUUUUGAGUUCUGUACGAUAACUUCGGCACGCUUGACAUAUUGGUGAUUAGUGGUUCUUUGCUUCACGUUUAUCAAGCAUCGUAGACCCACUUUAGGUUACGCUUGCCUCUAGCAAAAUGUAGAAAGGAUUAGGGUUCGGGGUUUUAUUCAGGUCCAGAGAGUGUUCACCGACAUGCUUUUGAGUGCCGAAUUAGACAUUCUGUAGUAGCUCCCUACCAUGGGUGAUGGCGCUUUGAAUCAUUGGUCGCAAACCGUGAAAGACGGACGCCGUGGCUUUGUUCAUCUGUUCAAUGGCUCAGUCCCUCUUCCUCCAUCGAUAACAUUUACCAUCAACAAGUUCCCAACACCCGGAAGUAACAAGGAUUGGAGACGUCCACUACUUGCCACAAUUCUGCCUCCCUGUGCUGCCUCAGUGUCAUUUCUCUGUAGCCUCGCCAUAGCUCAAGGAGCUGGAAAACUGUUGAGAGUCUCUUGUGCCACCCCGGUAGUUGCGCCUAUCGUAGGUGGAUUGGCUGUGGCAGCUGCCUCCGCAACAUCAGCUCAAGUGUCCUUCACAGUUCGGAAAAUCUGCGAGAAUGAUGGCAGGUUUGAGAAACUUGAGCUCAUUUCACAAGAAAAAGCUCUCUUCUAUGCAGUCUUCGGGGUUCUAGCGUACAAAGUCCUCGGUGGCUAUGUUAGAAAUGUAAUGCCUAGCAAUGUCAUUCGCCCCGGUGCUCAUGCACGUUCUUCAAUCCCCUCUCGAGGCAUCAAGUAUGCCAAUGACGUAGAAUCGGGCUUGAUUAAGGAUUUGUUCAAGAGCUAUGGAUGCCAUCACUGUGGCAGGCGACAGGGGGCUGCCAUUGCAGACCAUAUGCCUGCCAACAUGCUUGCGAAGGAGGCCAUGGCUGGGAACUUCUUCACUCGACUAAUUGGGAAACAAACUGUGGUUCCACAGCGCUUGUAUCCUCAAUGUCUUCCAUGCUCAAAGCUACAAAGUGCUGCUCUUCGACACGGCAAGCACAAGCUAGUGUUUCAUUUCCACCGAGGAGUGCCGCAGCCACCAGCCUGGACAGGCUUUUGCAUAGGAGCAUUGCAGAUUCAGGAUGAUGAUCAACCCCCAUAUUCUAGUUCUUAUUGGCGUUGAUUCAUCGAGGAGCCUCUUCUAUCCACCUGUUCACUUCAUGAAGCUUCUGUGAUGGUAAUAUUUUCGUUUUUUGUGAAUUUUGUCUGUUGGAAGCCACUCCAGCUCAAGUAGUUAUUUUUCAAGUUCCAAGCCUGGAUAACUUUCAUCAGAGAACUCAAGUUUUAGGUGGCUUUUCUUGCAUGCUUUUAAAUAUGAUUAACCCUGUCUUACAAUGUACCCAGCUUCGAACAUUUCGAAGCACCAUUUUUGCAUUGGAAUAGUUGGGUAACCUUCCUCAUAUUCUUUCCCUUAAUCACUGUCAUUGUUUUUCAAUUCUAUUCAACAAGAAAGAAGAAGCUUGAUUAUGUGUGUUA